AUGGAGAAAAUUUCUACAGAUGAGUUUCCUCUCACUAUGCAUUCUUCAGAAAAGCAAGAGACUAUAUGUAUUUUUGGAACUGGAGAUUUUGGAAGAUCACUGGGACUUAAAAUGCUCCAGUGUGGUUAUUCUAUUGUUUUUGGAAGUCGAACCCCCCGGAUGUCCAGCCUGCUGCCCAGUGGUGCAGAGGUCAUGAGCUACUCUGAUGCGGCCCAGAAAUCUGACAUUAUAAUCAUAGCAGUACACAGGGAACGUUACGAUUUUCUCACAGAAUUAACCGAGGUUCUCAAUGGGAAAAUAUUGGUCGAUGUCAGCAACAACCUCAAAAUCAAUCAGUAUCCAGAGUCAAACGCAGAGUACCUUGCUCAGUUGGUGCCGAGAACUCACGUGGUAAAAGCAUUUAACACCAUCUCAGCCUGGGCUCUCCAGUCAGGGGCACUGGAUGCAAGUCGGCAGGUGUUUAUCUGUGGAAAUGACAGCAAAGCCAAGCAAAGAGUGAUGGAUGUCGUUCGUAGUCUUGGACUUACUCCAUUGGAUAAAGGAUCUCUCGUGGCAGCCAAUGAAAUUGAAAACUACCCACUACAACUAUUUCCAAUGUGGAAGUUCCCCUUCUAUUUGUCAGCUGUUCUGUGUGUCUUCUUCUUUUUCUACUGUGUAAUAAGAGAAGUAAUCUACCCUUAUGUUCAUGGAAAAAGAGACAGGACAUUCCGUCUGCCUAUUUCUAUUCCAAAUCGUGUCUUUCCAAUAGCAGCACUCACACUGCUCGCCUUGGUUUACCUUCCUGGUGUUAUUGCUGCCAUUCUGCAGCUGUACCGAGGUACAAAAUACCGCCGAUUCCCAGACUGGCUUGACCACUGGAUGCUUUGCAGAAAACAGCUUGGCUUGAUAGCGCUGGGAUUUGCCUUCCUUCAUGUCCUCUACACACUUGUGAUCCCUAUUCGUUAUUAUGUACGAUGGACAUGGAACAACAGAACCGUUACCCAGGCAAUAACCAAGAAAGAAGAUCCAUUUAGUACCACUACCUCCUGGCUCAGGGAUUCAUAUGUUGCUUUGGGAAUGCUUGGAUUUUUCCUGUUUGUACUCUUGGGAAUCACUUCCUUGCCAUCAGUUAGCAACACGGUCAACUGGAGAGAGUUCCGAUUUGUCCAGUCCAAACUGGGUUAUUUGACCCUGAUCUUGUGCACAGCCCACACCUUGGUGUACGGUGGGAAGAGAUUCCUCAACCCUUCGGACCUUGUGUGGUAUCUCCCUUCAGCCUAUGUGAUUGCGCUGAUCAUCCCUUGCACAGUGCUGGUGAUCAAGUUCAUCCUCAUCCUGCCAUGUAUAGACAAGACCCUUAUGCGGAUCCGCCAGGGUUGGGAAAGGAACCCGAAAUACUCAGAAUCGGCACUGAAUGGAAAAACAGAUAUUUAA